CAAAGGGGAAUGAAUGAGAUUCUCCUCAAAAAGUAAAAAAUAAUAAAAAUCAAAUCAUUAGACCAGGAAACAAAAAUAAAAAAUCAAAGAGCUUCCUUUUUCGCUCGUUUGCCCUUUUUCUGGAUUUGCUGUUUGGGUAAAUAAAAUCAAAAUCCUGUGUUUAUCGCAAACUACCACCGUCUCUCUCUCCAUUGUCGUCAUUCUCUUAGGCUCUCUCGCUCCUCCCUUGUCUUUGCCUUGAAACAACAGACCAUGGAUGAUGAUGGAUCACUUCAUGGAAACAACGGUGGAAUGCACAAUGGCGGAGAUGAACUUCCAAUGCAUGUGCAGUAUGAGCAUCACGGCAUGAUGGAUGAACACGUUGAUGAUGGGAUGAAUGGUGGACUUGAGACAGACGUUCCUUCUCACCUUGUAAACUCAUCUGAUCAUCGCGGUGAAGUUGUGGACCGUGGCGGUGAAAACGGAGACCAGUUGACGUUGUCCUAUCAGGGACAAGUUUAUGUUUUUGACCAUGUCUUGCCUGAGAAGGUUCAAGCUGUGCUUUUGUUACUUGGUGGAAGGGAAGUACCACAGACAGUCCCGACAACCGUAGGAUCACCUCAUCAGAACAAUAGGGUACUGGGUCUAUCUGGUACUCCUCAAAGGUUUAGUGCCCCGCAGAGGCAAGCCUCGUUGCUCAGAUUCAGGGAGAAAAGAAAAGGGAGGAAUUUUGAUAAGACCAUUCGCUACACAGUCAGGAAGGAGGUAGCAUUGAGGAUGCAGCGUAAGAAAGGUCAGUUCACAUCUGCCAAAUCAAGCAAUGAGGAAUCUGCAUUAACAGGACCGGAUUGGGGGUCAGGCCAGAGCUGGGCCUUAGAAGGGUGUGAAACUCAGAAGCCAGAGGCUUUAUGUCGGCACUGUGGAACGAGUGAGAAUUCAACACCAAUGAUGCGACGUGGACCUGAAGGGCCAAGGACACUUUGUAAUGCAUGUGGACUGAUGUGGGCAAACAAGGGAGCUCUUAGAGACUUAUCCAAAGGCCCUCCUCCUCAAAUAACCAGGAAUCUGCCUGCAAAUAAGAAUGAUGAGUCAAAUCUUGAGGCUGAUCAAAUGAUGGUAGUAGCUGGUGACAAUAGCAACUCGAACUGGGAAAAGCAUUGCAGGCAAGAAAAGAUGUGAGCUGGGUUCAGGGUUCCUUGGGACACUCAUAAGCUGUUCUUUUACUUAUUUAGAUCACUCAUCAGAAGAGAGAGAGAGAGAGAAAAGACACAUUUGCUCAGUCUCUCUCAUCUGUAUUUUUUUUCUUCCUCAAGUAGAAACAGUGAACAUUUACUUGUAUCUUUAUUAAAGCCACUUAAAAUAUUUGAUUAAACGCCUACUUGGUA